AUGGGACGUUUCAACUUCAAGUCUUCAUUUACGUCAUGGUUGGUGAUUGCUUUUGCGAUUUCCACUGCCAGUGGGCAACAAGUGGGCACCAACUGUUCGGAUGCUCGUAUUCGUCGAUCCUGGGAUACGUACAGUACGACGGAGAAGGCUCUGUAUCUGGAAGCGGUAGGCGUUGCCAUGGACUUGGGAUUCCACCAAAAAUUCGUCCAAGUGCACGUCGAGUUCAUGUCGGAGAAACAGGCGCAUCAAAACUGCAUGUUCAUCUACUGGCACCGCAUGCUGCUAUUGGGCUACGAGAAUAUGCUGCGAAGCUUGGAUGCCAAGUACCGUUGCUUGACACUCCCGUACUGGGACCAUCUCUCGGCGUACGCUCGACAAGCUGCUGGCCAAUGCAACUAUCUACUGGGCUGUACACCUUUUCUCACGGACUCUGGUGGUGCCAUGACGGGCGUCAGCGCGCGGUUGAUCAUAUACAACGUGUCCAUUGCGGCUUCGUACUCUACAUGCGUCAAUCAAGGCAUCCUGUCUCACUUCUGCGGCAACAACUCGGUCUGCGCUCAGUGUGUCACUCGCGGAUCUAAGAACUAUCUGGCAAGUACUCGUUACCCUGGAGAGGCUUCACUAGGUUCGAUGGCUCAGCAGGUCUUCACUUACAGCGAUUCAGCCAGGUUCACGCAGGCAGUCGAAGGGGGCGUUCACAACACCAUCCACAGCGUUCUUAACGGCGUUAUGGCGUGGUUUCAGUCUCCGGCAGAUCCGGUUUUCUACCUCCACCACUCGUUGAUCGACUUGCUGCAAGUAAUUUAUCUCAAGUGCCAAGUGGGCGGUACAAACGUGGUGCUCUCAGCAGCAGACAAAGGUAGCGACCCUCGGUGGUUUAGCACAUGUGCAAAAAGAACUACUGGCAACUAUACGAGCGAUGACACCAUCACGAUGCGCGCCAAUGCAACGGAUGGGAAAACCCUUGUCAAUGUGUGGGAGGACCCCAACAACAUCCUUUACCCAUUUUUCAAGGAUUUACCCAGCAAGUAUGCGGAUUAUGUCGAUGCUAAAGACCUGGGGAACUACAGCUACAGCUACGCGAUCAGUGGAGGACUGGCCAACAUGUAUCAAAACUGCAAAAAUGCUACCAAUAUGGCUGCGGUUAACGGUACUAUCACGACUCUACUAGCGAGUCGGAGCAAAACACGCGACCGUCCUUCUCCAAUAAUCGAGCCGGGAACGAGUUACGACGAGAAAGUGAAGCGUUGGAAUGUUGCGCUGUACGAAUCUGCUCGCAUUGUUGGAUAUGAAGAGAUGGCGGCCAGAGAGCAGAUGGAAAUGGUGCUGUGUCAAUACCAAGCCGACUGUCUGGGCGGCGUUGAAGACUACUCGGACAUCUUUCGAGCCAACUUUCAUGUCGAUGGGCAUACGCGAUGUUACAACAUCGUGGCGGGUUUAAAGACGGGAGAUUUAGUAAUUGGUAUCCCCAAGUGGAAAGACAUCACGAGCCGCUUUGUGCCGUGCGCCGCGUACACGAAGAAGAAGCCUCUCUUGUCCGAUUUCGCUAAGGCUGCCACAGCAUUUGCCACAGCUUCCGCUUAA